AUGGCCACGCACGCAGAGUACGGCGCCAGCACCACGGCCACAGAGGUCGCUGCCGCCUUUGCUGACCAGAUCAAGGGAAAGAAUGUCGUCGUCACCGGCAUCAGUCCGGCCAGCAUCGGCUACACCACCGUUCUGGCCAUUGCCUCGCAGGCGCCGGCGCACGUGGUGCUCGCCUCGCGCACGCAGGCCAAGCUGGACGCCGUCGUCCAGCACGUGCGUGCUGCCCAUCCGGGCGUGCCGCUGCACACGGUCCUGCUGGACCUUGCCUCGGUGGAGUCGGUGCGCGCGGCCGCGCAGGCGGUGGCGGGUCUGGUCGACCACGUAGACGUGCUCAUCAACAACGCCGGCAUCAGCACGCCCGAGCGGCUCGCCAGCACGGCGCCCGACGGCACGCCGGUGGACGGCCAGUUCCUGACCAACCACCUGGGCGUGUUUCUGUGGACGUCGCUGCUGCUGCCGAGCCUGCGGGCGGCUCCGUCGUCGGCGACGUCGCCAGCGCGGGUCGUCAACCUGACCAGCCAGGGCCACCACCUGUCGCCCGUGCGCUUCAGCGACUACGCCUUCACGGCGGGCACCUACAACGUCCCUGCCGACGAGAAGCCCCGCGACGGGCUGCCGCCCUUUUUCCUGCGCGAAAUCGACGGCUACCCGGGCUUCUUGGGCUACGGCCAGAGCAAGACGGCCAACAUUCUGCACGCGACCGAGCUGGCGCGCCGCUGCCGCCGCCGCGGCGACGCCGUGACCGCCCUGUCCGUGCACCCGGGCACCAUCGAGACGGAGCUGUCGCGCUCGCUCGACCCCGAGGGCCAGGCGACCAUUGCCAAGACGGCGCCGGCGGGGCUGUGGAAGACGCAGGACCAGGGCGCGGCGACGACGCUCGUGGCCGCCUUUGACCCGGCGCUCGCGCGCGUGGCCGUCGGCGACGCCGGCCAGCCGAUUGGCUACCUCAGCGACUGCCAGCUGCGGGACGACGCGGUGGCGGCCCACGCAAAAGGGGCAGAGACGGCGACGCGGCUGUGGACGGCGACGGAGGCGAUGCUGCAGCAUACCGUGGAUUUGUAG